AUGGGUCAAGCAUCAUCUCAUCUACGUAUUAACUCAACUUUGCUAAAUAAUACGGAAUUUCUUAACAUUACUGAACUUGACAAAGAUGAUUGUGCUGUGGCCGAUGAACCUAAAUAUCCAAGUAGCUUUGGAUUAACUCUCUCUGUACCAGAAUGGGAAGCAAUUUGUACAGCUAUAAUUCUUACACUGAUUAUUAUUUCAACAAUAGUAGGAAAUAUUUUAGUUAUUCUUAGUGUGUUUACUUAUAAGCCUUUAAGAAUUGUUCAGAACUUUUUUAUAGUUUCAUUGGCUGUUGCAGAUAUAACAGUUGCUAUUUUAGUUAUGCCACUAAAUGUAGCAUACUCAAUAUUAGGACAGUGGGUGUUUGGUAUUUAUGUAUGUAAAAUGUGGCUUACUUGCGAUAUUAUGUGUUGUACAUCGUCUAUUUUGAAUUUAUGUGCAAUAGCUCUCGACAGAUAUUGGGCAAUUACAGAUCCGAUAAAUUAUGCCCAGAAAAGAACAUUAGAAAGAGUUCUGUUCAUGAUAGGUGUAGUAUGGAUUUUGUCUCUUAUUAUUAGUUCUCCCCCACUGUUGGGCUGGAAUGACUGGCCUGAAGUAUUUGAACCGGACACACCGUGCCGAUUGACUUCACAACCAGGUUUUGUAAUUUUUUCUUCAUCUGGUUCUUUUUAUAUACCCUUGGUUAUAAUGACUGUAGUAUAUUUCGAAAUUUAUUUAGCAACUAAGAAAAGGCUAAGAGAUCGUGCCAAAGCGACUAAAAUUAGUACAAUUUCAAGUGGAAGAAAUAGAUUAGCUUCAAAGAAUAGUGAUCAAAAUGAUCAGGAUUCUGUUAGUUCUGAUGGAAACCAAAGCGAACAUCAAGCAGUAACUCGUCUUGUAUGUGAUAGUGAAAAUAAACGCCUAAAAAAACUAACUCCAAAAAAGAGGCGUAAACAAAAAUAUUGGAGUAAAGGCGAUAGAUUUCAAAACAAACUGAUUAUUCCUAUCCUUUCAAAUGACAACUCUAUUACAGAAGUGGGAGACAAUAUGGAAAAUAGAAAUACAUCAUCAGAAAGUAAUUCCAAAGAGACUCAAGAUGAUGAAAUUUUAGAAAUAAAAGAGCAGUCGUUUAAAAAAAAUCAAAAACGACCAAGACCUACCCAACAAAAUACUGUUUACCAGUUCAUCGAAGAAAAACAACGCAUUUCACUAACAAGAGAACGUCGUGCAGCUAGAACUCUUGGCAUAAUUAUGGGCGUAUUUGUCGUGUGCUGGCUUCCAUUUUCCGUUUUGUACCUUGUCAUUCCAUUUUGUAAUAACUGUUGCUUAUCCGGAAAGUUUAUUAACUUUAUAACUUGGCUUGGUUAUAUUAAUUCUGCUUUAAAUCCUUUAAUAUAUACUAUUUUCAACAUGGAUUUCAGAAGAGCUUUUAAAAAGCUACUUUGUAUGAAACCUUAG